AUGUUCACCAAAUCCGUCUUUGUCGCCCUCGUCGCCGGCGUCCUCGGCGUCACCGCCGCCUACGACCCUGCCCACAUGCCCGCCAAGACCGAUGCCAACGGCGGUCAGACCGGCUACAACGACUGUCAGCAGCGUUACGGUGCCACCAACCCCAAGGCCAAGUGCCAGAACAUCUUCAUCAACUCGGUCAAGGACUUCUGUCUCUGGGGACCCCCCAAGACCUCCGGUUCCGACACGGUCGGCGACCUCGAGGCGGUCAUGGUCUCGUACUGCAUGAAGUCUGGAUACGGUACCCGCCUCAUCCCCGACGGUACCAUCCACGGCGCCCACUUCCUCAAGACUCCCUCCUUCGUCCAGAUCACCGGUACUGGUGACUUCACCAAGAUCCACAUCCAGGCUGGUGACGAGGGUGGCGAGCUCGACCCUCACGGCGCUACCGGCUCUGGCAACCCUGUCGGCGGUCAGGUCUUCACUCGUGCCUACACGGGCAACUGGGAGCAGCUGCCCGAGUGGCAGAACUUCAUGUCGGCCACCGAGUACUGCUUCCGUGCGUGCCGUGAUGGUCCCUGGGACCGUCAGUGGUGCCCUCACAUCUACGAUGUCAUGGGCUGCAUGUGGAACGAGCCCGCCAACUACGACCGCGGCGUCUUUGAGCAGUGCGACGGUACCGAGGGUGCCUGGCCUGGUGUCUACUCUGGUUCCACAUGGUACCAGGGUGUCAAGCCCACUCCCGCCGCCCAGCCCGCGGGCAAGAGCUCCAACUGCCGAUACUACCCCUCCAUCUCGAACGGUCCUGCCGUCAAGACCCCCUCGAAGCGAUCCGUCAUGGCUACCCAGGUCAAGCGCACGCCCGAGUGGGAGGAGGAGCCUUAA